AUGUUCUUGACUGCGGAUUACAGAGCGCCUCCUAUUGUCUCUAAUACAACCUAUGUCUUAGCCUGGAAUGGCCCAAGUGAACAAUGUAUGCAACGCCAUGAUAUUUUUCUGGAUAUGAGCAUCUAUUCAUUAAUCGGAAACCCCAAAUUCGGUGUCUCACGUCAAAAUGUUACCAUAUUUUACAUCGAAAAACUUGGUAUGUAUCCCUUCAUUGACUUUAAAACAAAACAAGGAAAAUAUGGAGUAAUUCCUCAGUCAGCAGAUCUAAACGCACACUUGAAAAAGGCUGAGAGUGAUAUUAUCUAUUACUUACCCAAAGAUGAGUUGGGGUUGGCUGUAAUAGACUAUGAAGAGUGGAGACCUCUCUGGAAAAGAAACUGGGGUGACAGAAUAUUUUACCGGAGGAAAUCAAUUGAUUUAGUUAAGCAAACUUCUCCAGGCCUUUCUGAUGAAGCUGCCGAGCCUCUUGCCCAAAGACAGUUUGAAGCGGCAGCAAAGGAAUUCAUGCUGAAGACUUUGCAGUUGGGAGUGAAACUUCGACCAAACAAUUAUUGGGGUUUUCACAAUUUUCCUGAUUGUUACAAUCAUAAUUAUCAUAACAAUAAAAACUACACUGGAUCUUGCCCUGAGAUAGAUAAGCAAAGAAAUAAUGAACUCAGCUGGUUGUGGAAUGAAAGCACUGCCCUUUACCCAACCAUUUAUUUGACUACAAAAUUAAAGCAGACUCCACAGGCUGCAUUGUUUUCCCGUAAUCGCGUUAACGAAGCCAUUCGGAUUGCUGAAUCAUGGGACAGAAAUAAUCCACUUCCGGUUUUUGUAUACAUGCGUUCAGUUUUUAUUGAUAAUCCCUCAGAAUUUCUUUCCGAGAUUGACCUUGUCAAUACAAUUGGUGAAACUUAUGCUCUUGGAGCCUCUGGAAUUGUAAUAUGGGGAAGCUACACUAUAGCCCAAAAUAAGGUUGCUUGCCAGAAACUACAAACUUAUGAGAGGCAGAUACUGAGUCCUUACUUAAUCAAUGUCACUCUAGCAGCUAAAAUGUGUCACCAAGCACUCUGCCAAGAUCGAGGAUUCUGUACCAGGAAAAAUUGGAAUUCAAAUGACUAUCUUCACCUGAACCCAAGGAAUUUUCUUAUUAAGUUUGCGUAUUGUGACAAGUUCACAAUAUACGGGGAGCCCUCAGUUGAAGACCUACAGCAGUUUUCUGACAAAUUUGAUUGCACCUGUUUUACCAAUGUCACUUGUAAGAAGAAUGCUGAAGUAGAAAAUAUUAAAAACAUAAGGGUAUGCAUUAAUGAGGAAGUUUGCAUAUCAGCCUUUGUAAACCCAAGAGAAAAUCGCAAAGGCGUUCGUACCAGAAACACCAAAGCAACCACCACAACCCUCACCAUAAGCCGCAUCACAACCACCAGAACCUCCACCACCACCACCACAACCACCACCACAACCACCACCAAGAGGCCAAGGAUUUUCUAG